AUAUAAAGCAUAGGGGAUUAACAAUACUUCAUCCAGACCCACAAGACAAAGCAAGGUUCUUGGAAUACAGAAGACUUACGGAAUGGCAAGUCUUAGUCUUCUGAGUAUUUUGGCCAUGUGCUGUAUCUUUGUUGAUGCUCAAGUACUAUUGGCUGCUUUGGGUGGAGCAAUCCGUGACUGUCAGACACUGUAUGAAGCAGAUAACACUUUGCAAACAGGUGUCUAUACUGUUCAUUAUGACAUUAAUGCAGCUGGAAAGAAGGCCACUUGUGACAUGGGGGCAAAAGGCUGGACUGUUAUAUUUCAGCGCUACAUGAACAGAGAUGUCAACUUUGACCUUGACUGGAAGUCGUACAAGAAUGGGUUUGGAGAUGUACAGUUCACCUACUGGCUAGGCAAUGAGUUUGUACACCAGCUAACUAAAAAGGCAAACUACAAGCUCAGGGUGGUAUUCUCAGCUGGUGGUGUCAGCAAGUUCACAGAAUACAGCCACUUCAAACUGGAGCCAGAAUCGCAGAACUAUGCCAUAAGACUGGGUACGUACCAGCCAAGUACAGCUGAAGAUGGCUUCACUGAUCCUAUGGUGAAGAAUCAGGUGGACAAUACCAUGUUUAGUACUCCUGACAAUGACAAAGAUCAUUCUCCUGCCAACUGUGCUGCCACAUACCAGAGUGGCUGGUGGUUUAGAGACUGCUAUGCCUCCAUCCUGACCCUGAAGGACCACCUUGAAUGGCAAGGUCUGUGCAGCAGUAAGGGAGAGUGCACCUUUGUCAAAAUGAUGAUUAUGAGAGCGUAAUUGUAAUUACCAGUUACACAUGUAGAUUUAGCAAUACCAGAAAAUUGGAAAAAAAUGUUGUAAAAGAGGAAGGUAGAUGAUUUGUUCUGCA